AUGAGCGGCGCGUCCAGCGGCAGUGGCUGCAGCGGAACUUCAUGCGUUCGUUUCGCGACGAGCGACCGCGAUAUAUACGUUGGUUUGGGCAUUUACGCCACAAUCGCGUUCUUGGGGUUGCUUCUCUUCGGACGCAUGCGACACGUGAUGCCUAUUUAUUUCGGACGGUUGCGACUGCGAAAUUUGACGAAGCCGCCGCCGCCGUUUCACUCGCGGAAGCGCGAUGGUACGACAAAAGACGGCGUGUUUAAGCGUGUGAUGCGAUACUACUUUGGUUGGAUUCCGCACAUUUUGCGCGUGGACGAUAAGACGCUGAUCCAGACGGCGGGGCUGGAUGCGUUUGCGUUUUUACGCGUGUGUCAGUUCGGGUUACAAUUAUUCGUGCCGUUGUCGAUUUUUUCAAUGAUGAUUUUGUUGCCUAUUCACGUGAACGGGGACGAUAUGGUGCGCCAACACGCACAGUAUAUUGUCGCGAAAGUGAACACGACUGCGGAAGUGCCAGGCGGGUUGAUCUUAACAACGGUGGCAAACAUACCAGGUAAGCAAGGCGUGCUUUGGUUGCACACUGUGGGGAUGUGGUUGAUGGUCUUAUACACGACUUGGCUUCUGAAGCAGCACAGUGCGACGUUUGUGGUACUUAGAACACUUUAUUUAACCACUCGCGGCGACACCAAUCUGUGGCGAGUGGUGCACCAACCGUCGAACUUCAUAGAGCAGUUGCUCGUGCAAGGAACGCAGGCGGGAGCUGAAAUCGACGACGAUGAAUUGCGCAAGAUGAAAAGUGCCAAUUCAGACGACAUUAACGCGGCAUGCGAUGCGCUGGCGGCGAUGGACGAGUAUGAAGAUGAGCAAAGAGGCUUGUUGAAGCGCGCUGUGGACGUAACUUCACACAAGGCAAAGUCGUUGCUCACUCGCGCGGCGUCGACACGGCUCGUAGACAAGAGGCUUGAAGAUAAAGAGCGGCGUCAGAGUUUGCACGAGCUCGACACUGAGCCAUCGCCCACGCAUGCAUAUGGCGAUACGCUAGCGUCAUCGACGGUGAAGAUAUCACCUUUCGCGAGUACCCCUCAUCUAUCGCCUUUUGGUGGGCCGACAGCGCGGCGACUCACGCCUCCGCAGGUUGGCAACGUCGCGCAAGGCUUGAAGGGAGCUGGAACUUUGUUCAAGUCGCCCGCAUCUGCCGACGCAGACGAUCGCCAAAUGGCCCGGAGACCUUCGGUACCUGUAACACCGACGCUCGGCCGGGCGUCGACGAGUCAAGCUUCUUCACAACCUGAAAACAAAACAGAGCCGGGACCGGUGACGGAAUCACGGCACUUUACUUCGUUUACUUCGGGUGAAAACUCGGACGACCUGGAUCUGAAUGUCAAUCCGCCUGUUUCAGAGCCGCCAGCAGUUGCUAAACGAAGAGAACGACGAAAGCUCCGGAUGGGUUCGUUUGGAUCGUUGGGAGCGAUGCCGGCUUCCGUUAGUCAAACGCUUCGAGAGCACGAGGCGGCGCAGGCGUCUGGUAUGCACCGCGUGACUUCUCGCGAAGAUAUCGGCACGAAGCAGCUCAUGGAAGGUGUCAUCAAUCAACGAGGGAGUGCUGACAAUUUGGCCUGGCUCGUAAGCCCUACGAAAUCGCCGCGACGUGGUAAACACAAUCGAAUGCCUACGAUGGAGGACUUGCCUGUGGAGAAUAUUGCGCUCACUCCAGCUGUGAAGAAAGCGCUCGCGAGAGUAAAGUCUCUCGAAGACGCGGGCGAGGCCGUUCGCUGCGGCGGCCGUGGCAGUGAAGGUGUCCAAAUUCGCGCCGAAACAUCGAUCGCGCACGAUUGGUGGGUCGGCCUGGACGUUACGCACCAGUUUAAAGGAACGGGAUCCAAACCUAAUCCUCGCACUGAUGGACGACCACUAGAAGUUCCAGAGCGACAAACGAUGGAGGGCGAAGAGCCGAAGAGAAAUCUGACAUCUUUAUUCGACGAUCCAGAGUCUCCUCUCAGCGCGACGUCUCCGGUGACGCGGGCGUCCUUGUGCGUGGGCGAUUAUCUACAAGAAGCUCCGUCGGCGGUGCCCGAUGUUGACAGUAUACGCACCGUCAACGCGUUUGAUACGAACACGAAUCAAAUCGUGAGUGUCUGGGCGUCCAGCUACACGGUUUUAAUCACCGAUAUCCCAUUCGUUCGAGCCAUGGGCGAAAAUGGCGAAGAGGUGAGAGUACGCGGCUUGCGAGAAGUUGAGGCGACGCUCGAGUAUAUUUACGGCGAUGAGUUCAGAGGCUUAAUACCCAUCUUUGAUCACCGUCCAGCGGAUGCGCUUUUGGACAGCCGUGAUGAAUGUAAGAAUAUGAUAACGAGAAUUAGGAUGUUAAUGGCGCGCGAGGGCAUGAUACCGGAAACGCAGUCGCCGAAGGCGUUGACGUACAAAUUUGGGACGAGACUUUGCGAGGUUGAAAAAGGAACAUUGCAAUUGGGCCACAACUGGAAAGAAUUCAAAAAAGCUUUCGCCGAUGUGCUUAGGCCUCCGAAAAAUUUGCGUAAGCUCGCGUUGUCAGAGCAGGUUGCGGUUUUGGAAGCGCAGCUCGAAGCAAUUGAUGAGGCAAUCAUCUGCGUGCGCAAGACGACUUGGGAAGGGUCCCCGGGACCUUGCGCCUUUGCAGUCUUUGAAAACCAGGUCUCCGCGAGUACGGCAGCGCAGUGUGUUAUUUCGCGCGCGUCGCACAGAGUAUACCGCGCUCUACCCGCACCCGGUCCGGAUGACGUCAAUUGGCCGACGCUUCUACACAAUUCGACAGAUAACCGUGCCCGAGCGCUCGCUAUCUGGCCCUUCAUCAUAGCUUUGAUGAUCUUCCCGACCGGUAUGUUCGCGACAGCGGUGACCAGUGUGUGUCAGGUGCGCGAAGGAGAUGAUGUUAUCAAUAGCGGGGCAGCUUUGGACUGGUAUUGCUCGGAUGAUGCCAAGGUUUACGCCGCGAUAAUCUCGGGCGUCCUCCCACCGAUUAUCCUUACGCUCUGGGAAGUUUUUGUCAUCUCCUUCUACAUGAUGUAUUUGGUGCAGAGACAAAACGUUCAUGUAUCGUUAGCCGCUACAGAUCGUCGAUUUCUACGUUUCUAUUGGGCGUGGGGGGCGUUGAACGUAUUGCUUGGAGGUAUCUUUGGCGGCGCGUUAAGUCUCUUCACGACGACGCUUAGCUCGAGCAACGUUUCGUUGAACGAGGUACAGUUACAAUUUGGUCGCGUCUUGCCGCUGAGCAGCAAUUUCUUCUUGCUUUUCAUCGUUUUCCGCGCAAUCUACCUCCCCGUGCAGCGCCUGUUGCUCCCCCACCCGGGAUCAUUCUGUCUGGCGGCUGAUAUUUUCUGGUGCGAAAAACGCGGCUCGUGCGCGCGAACGUCGCGAGACAAGACUCGUCUGUACUCUCCACGAGCCGUUCGCAUGGGUCGCGAAACCGGCGUCUUUAUGCUCAUCAUGGUCAUUGGUUUGACAUUCGUUUGCAUCGCACCGCUCAUUCCACUCGCCGCCGCCUUGUUUUACAUCACCAACUUCGUCAUCUGGCGUUACCACGUCUUGUACGUGUACGAGCGAGGAUACGAAUCAAACGGUUCGGUAUGGUUCACGUUUACUCAGCUCGUCAUCCUGUCUCUCGUCGUCGCCCAGACGUUCUUGUCCUGCGUGCUAUUCAGCAAACAGGCGUACAUUCAAGGCGCCGUUUUGUACGCCACCGUCCCCUAUUACCUCUUCAAGGUCUACAGAAAGUUCCGCGCCGAAUUCGGCAGCGCGAGCUCUUGGGCCGUCCCUCUCAGCGAAGCCACUGCGGCGCCGCCGACAGAUUUCGGUGGCGAAAUCUACACCCAUCCCGCGCUUCGCCCCGCCGCCUCGGGAUGGUUCCCGGAUAUCGGCAAGGUCUGGCGCGGUUAUCCGGGCGUGACGUCCAAGAACAACUGAUUGUAAUCAAUACAC